UCUAAUGACUCAAAUAACCAAACCUCAUCUGCUGAAACUAAUUCUAGUGAAAUUAGUAAGGAUGAAUAUGAAUCAUCUGAUAAUAAACAGGAGGAAUCUAAAGGAUUCUUAGUUAUAAAAAAUUCUGAUGAAAAACCUAUACUUGAAAUUAAUAAUACCUAA